CCAUCGCAGUUUCUACUGCCCCUGUAUUCUGUUUCGUUUAUACAAUUUCAGCGUCGUCAGUUUGUGAAAACUAGCUUGAAAUUCUUCCCAUAGGUCGAUAGAUGGUGGUUAGGAUUAUAUUCCAAUCUUCAAAACAAAGAAAAAAAAACUAAUUUUGGAUCGCAAUUCUUAUUCUAUUGUUUGAUUUGUGCGUCGAAUCGCUUCUUGUUUAUUUAGGCUUACGAUUACGGUUUCAAAUUUCAAUCUUUAGCUCGAAAGGUCAGAGCUUGAGCUAUAGGGAUUUUGCUUUUUUGGUUUAGUUUUCUCGAUCUCUGAAUCCUUCACUUUUAAGAAAAUCGGGGAGUGUGUGUUUAGAAUUAGGGUUUGUUUGUCGCGUUAUUUGAUCAGCGAAGGAAUGGAGAGGAAGAAAAUGGCGGUUCCGCUCGUUUGCCAUGGACACUCACGCCCAGUUGUGGACUUGUUCUACAGUCCUAUCACUCCAGAUGGUUUCUUUCUUAUCAGUGCAAGCAAGGAUUCAAGUCCCAUGCUGAGAAAUGGAGAGACUGGAGAUUGGAUAGGAACAUUUGAAGGGCAUAAGGGUGCGGUUUGGUGCUGUUGCCUUGACAUUAAUGCCUUGCGUGCUGCUUCAGCUUCUGCUGAUUUUUCAGCGAAAGUCUGGGAUGCUCUAACUGGUGAUGAAUUGCAUUCUUUUGAACACAAACACAUUGUUCGUGCAUGUGCCUUUUCUGAGGAUACCCAAAUGCUUCUAACUGGUGGUUUUGAAAAGAUUUUACGUUUAUUUGAUUUGAAUCGGCCAGAUGCUCCACCAAGGGAAAUUGAUAAAUCACCUGGUCCCAUCAGAACUGUAGCAUGGUUGCAUAGUGAUCAAACAAUCUUAAGUUCAUGCACUGAAUUAGGUGGCGUGAGGUUAUGGGAUGUACGCAGUGGAAAAAUCAUCCAAACUUUGGAAACGACGUCUCCCGUCACGAGUGCUGAAGUCAGUCAAGACGGACGUUACAUCACAACUGCCGACGGCUCAACUGUAAAAUUCUGGGAUGCAAAUCAUUUUGGGCUCGUGAAAAGCCACACAAUGCCAUGCAACGUUGAAUCUGCUUCGCUUGAACCCAAGUUUGGCAACAAAUUCGUUGCUGGCGGAGAGGACAUGUGGGUUCGCAUCUUCGAUUUCCACACCGGUGAAGAAACUGGAUGCAACAAAGGUCACCAUGGCCCUGUCCACUGUGUACGUUUCUCUCCUGGUGGUGAAUCUUUUGCAUCAGGUUCUGAGGAUGGAACUGUCAGAAUAUGGCAGACAGGUCCAGUUGCAGUGGAUAAGGAGUCUUCCGGUGCUGAUGGAGCUUCUGGAAACAUUAAGAUUGGUGUAAACGAAGUUGCGCGCAGAGUCGAGGGAAUUCAUGUCUUCGAUGAUGGCAAGGCGGAGAACAUCGAGGCCAGCGCAGACUCCUAAAAUGCCUGUGGUUCGGCACAAAUCCUAAAUUCCUUGUAUUGAUCCUACUAAACCUUGCCACUACAGUUGAAGUUCACUGUGUGGAAGUUCCUCAGCUUUGAUUUUCAGUGUUUUAGGGUAGCAUGCAACAUCUUCAUGUCUUGGAAUCUCAUUUAAGUCAAUCUGGGGCACGGAAUAAAGGGUUAAAUUGUUUAUAUGUUACUUUUUCCAAUCCUUUUAAAAGAAGUAUUUGAAGCUCAUUUGAAUGGUGAUGCUUUAAAACAACUUCAAAUGAAUACUCCACUUAUAUUUUUCAAGUUGGAAAGGAUAUACCCA